AGGUGGAGCCUCGAUCAGAGGCAAGGGCCAGGGCAGCAGGCAAGGGGCAUUUUGAGGUUCUAGAAGGGCCAGUGUAUUCAUUAAAAGGUACUUCUUAAUAGCUUCCUCUAAAGAAGGAGAAGUGGUGUCUGCAUGGUUCUUGUGUGCCUUGACUCGGCACUGGCGAGUCCUCUAGUUGUUCCCAGCAGAAUUGGCCCUCCGUACGGAAGCAUCGUAACGGCGCUCUUCUCGUAAAACGUUGUGCAUAUGCGGGCUUGCUAAUCGAGAACCAGGCUCAGCACAGUCGCAUCUGCAUGGCUCCGUUUUUGGAGGAGUCGCAGGCAGGAUCGGCCCUGCGGUUCAAGGUUUCAUACCGGGGAAAGCUGCAAGAGCUACACAGAGAACCUUCCGAGAUGCUGGCUGGACUAGCCCACCACUUAGGCGAGGUUACUGGUGCCAAUCCAGAUACAAUCAAGCUGAUUCUACCAAGGAGCAGGAGAGGGGUUCCUGGAAAACCUGCACCCCCUGCCCUGCAACCCUUGAGUGAUGAGUGGAGGGGCUUGACACUGGCGGAGGCUGGCAUUACUCAGGACAUGACCAUCCUCAUGUCUGGAGCUUCCACCACCGAAGUGGCGGCUGUGAGCAAGACCUCUGCGGCGGGCAUCGCUGACUUUGAGUAUGAGGAGAAAAGGGCACGCAUGCGCGCGCGCAGGAAACGCGCUCCCCUGGCCCUGCCCACUGGGCCGUAUGUGUUUGCGGAUUUCAGGACCCUGCAAUUGCCUGGCAUCUUGCUGCAUCCGCCAGAGACCAAGGCACUGAAGCUCAUGCACAAGCUGGCCAGCGAUCCCGGUGUCGUUGCCAUAAUGAACAAGUACAAGUGGCGCGUGGGCAUUAUGACCGAGCUGGCCCCCGAGGGCUACGUCGGGGUGAGCCCCGUGUGCCUCCUGGGCUUCAACCGUAACCGCGGCGCCGAGAUCUCGCUCCGCCUGCGCACCGACGACCUCGCCGGGUUCCGCAAGUAUGACAGCAUCCGGAAGACGCUGCUCCACGAGCUGACGCACAUGGUGCAUGAUGACCACGACGAGCACUUCAAGGCGCUGAACAGUCUGCUCAACAAGCAAGCAGAGGAACUAGAUUGGACGCGGAAGCGGGCGCACACCCUGGGGGGCAAGGCGGCUACUGAGAGCGAUGAGGACGAGUCGGAGAGCAGUGACGAGGAAGUGGGGCGGGUUCUCGGAGGGGGGGGGCAGAAUACACUGGUGAUGGACCCCCGGGCAGCAGCAGCUGCUGCAGCGAUGAGGCGGGAUGCUGAGAAGAGGAGGCGGGAGGCGGAAGGGCAGCCGACUGCUGACGUGGCGGAUGAUGUCAUUAUGGACGAUCCAAGCGUGGGGAGAAGCGGGCUGCCAAGUUCUCCGCUAGUAGGGGGAGUCUCAGGAACGAUUGUGGAUGUCGGCAGGGAGAGCUCGUCGGAGGUGGAAAUAACUGAAGGAACGACGGGGACAGGCGCGUCACGGGGGGCGCAGGAGAAAGGCCACAUCGACGAAAAGGAUGUGAAAGAAGGGCAGCAGAAUGAUGAUAGCGCUCGGGAAGGUGCAGCGAGGGGGUGCCGACAGUCGAGCGGAUGCAAGAGGAGCCGAGCACUGGAGGCGGGGAGCAGACAAGUGAAACGGGAAUCACGGAAGGUGCCUCCAUCGGGGCUGCGGGCUCAGUUUCUGAAAGCGGGGAUAUUCAGCUGCAGAAAGGGGAUGAGGUCACGCCUUCGAGAAGAGAACCCGACCCAGACGAUCCUGACGAUACCCUUCUGGAACUCAGGCACGAUCAGGACGUAGCAAAGAAGCAAGCCGAAUUAACGUCUCAGCUGAAUCGAAUGGAAGAAGAGGAAACGGACGGGAGCGAACCGAUGACUGUGGACGCACCACUUGCGGCGCCGGCGCCGGGGCCCAGUGAGCAGGUGCCACGUGGCAGCGACGACGCGGCAGCUGGCGGUUUGGAAUGGCAGCGGGCUCAGGAAGCUGCGGCGGAGGCGAGCGGGCGGGUGCAGAAAGCGGUGGCGGAUUUGAGGCAACAGGCCGGACCGGGGGAGGUUACGCUAACCCUGAAAACGCUGGCAACGAUUCUUCGCAAUGUGAUGGAGCACCCGGCCGAGGCGAAGUACCGGCGGGUGCGCAAGACGAAUGCGGCGUUCUUCGAGAGGGUCGGCAGGUUCCAAGCGGCACUGGAGGUCCUCCACGCGGCGGGCUUCAGAGAAGACGGAGCUUCCGACAGCAUGGUGCUUCAGCGAGACGAUCCAGGCUUGCUGUGGCUGACCUGCUCGUUCGUAGAGGGGAGUCUUGCAUAAGCGCAACGAAAAGAGACAAAUUCAUCACCUUUUGCGUCAGAAGCCCUUGCGGAGAGGUUCAGCAAUCACCUAUUUGACGAGCCGAGGGUCAAGUCUCUAGCCGUGUACAAUCUGAGGCCUCGUAACUUGGAGCUGGAAAAACGACCGAGGUCAAGUACAUUACACAUAGUCCCCUUCUCUUUGUGUAAAGUGCCUUCGCGACCGUGUCAAAUAUCAGGACUUAACACUAAGGUUAUCAGAUAUGAAAGGUUGCUGCUGUACAGGCACUGGCAGGUGCAAAUAUUCUUAAAUGCGCAUGUGAAUGCAGUGCAGGACAGGGCCAGAGCGACGAUUGAAUUGGAUCGUUCAGGAGUAGGUUCCGAAGCGUCGUGGUCGACGACCUCGCUUAUCAAAGAAUCGCCAAGGGGGUUCUUUCUUGUGAUCGGAAUUUGUUGUUUGAU